AUCAAGUGCUAGACUGGAGAAUGGCGUAUGGGUACACCCUUCUACCUAAAGCCAUAUACCGAACUGAACUGAACUGAAGUGCUAGACUGCGCGAGGUUAAAAUUGAUUUUGAUCUACUAUUUAUAUAGUUGCAAACGACGUAAGCAAGAUACUUGCGUGCCUUUUGAAACAAGUGGAAUACUCGUUUUUUUAUUAGAAAUACAAAUAUAUGAGUGUGAUGACAAAUUUAUUUGAUCUCGCUCACUUGAUAACGACUGUCGGUGUUGAUGGUGUAAAAAUCAAGCCGGAGCCCGGAUUACCUGAAAAAUCAUCAAAUGAGAUAUUAACAGAGCUUUUCAGUACAUUUGAUGCGGAUGCUGAUGCGGACGCGGACGAUUGUGUCAUAUCUUUAGGGAACACUGACCAACAAAUAUCAAAUGACAAUGCCGCCAAAACGACUAAACUUCAGACAAAAAAGAAAAAAAGUAAGAAAAAACAUAAACACAAGGAGAAGAAAUACAAGAAAAAAUCAAGGCACAACUCCUCAGAUAGUAAUAGCGAUGCCGAAGGUAACAAAAAAAAGAAGAAACAUAAGAAGAAAUCUAAACGAAGACAUGAAUCUGUUUCCAGUAAAUCAUCUGAUUCAGAUCAUUCAAGAGCCAAAAUAAUGAAAUUAGAUAGUAACGAUCUUAAAACUGAUUAUCCAAAUAUAUCUGACAUGUCAGAGAAGAAUAAUAUGAAAGAUACAACAAAAUUAGAUGAUCCAAAUAAAAAAGAGACAGUAGAAACAGAUAUCAAUGAUUUUGGUAGUCCUCCAUUACCACCUAUAUCAAAGAAAAAGGAUGAGUCUGAUGAGCCAAUAAUACCUAAACUUACUGAAAAGAUAAAACAAUCUGUUCAAGGAAAAAUAUUAAUAAAGGAUCUCAAGAACAGUACUAUUUACAACGAAACUGUUAAAGCAAUUGAAAAUAAGAAAAAAGCAAAAGAAGCUAAAAUGGAAGAUGGUGAACUGUCUGAUAGUAGUAAUGAUAACAGGACGCCUACUUUAAGUCCCACUCCAUCUCGAGAUAAUUUAUUCAGGUCACCAUCUUUCAGCCCAAAUAGGGAUAAGAAAAAAAGUAGAAUGCAUAGUCCAACAAAAAGUUCAAUGAAACCUGAUCUUAGAUUAGUUUUGAGAGAGAAGGAAAAGAAGAAAUUGGGGGUUAAUGAUCAAAAAGAUGAUUCCAAUCACAAAGAUACAAAAGACAAGGAUAAAAGGAGCAGAAGCUGCCAUUCACAAGAUAGAAAAAGAUCAAGAUCACGAACGCGAUACAGCUCGCAUCGCAGUAGAAGCCGUGGAAGAGAAAAGUGGAGAGACAAAAGUAGAGAAAAACGUGAUAGAGAUAAGAGCAAUGAAAAGCGAGAUUUGGGUAAGAGUAGAGAGAGACGCAGAUAUAGGAGUCGCAGUGAAGAUAGAAAUAAAGAUAAAUAUACACGAGGUCGGAGUCGAAGCAAAGAAAGGAAAGAACGGAUAGAAAUUGAUAAAAAAAAACUCUUAGAAAUUGCAAGAAGAAACGCUAUAAAUAUGAUAAAGCAAGGAACUUUGCCAUUAGCUCAACAGGAUAAAGCUAUUGCUGCUAUACAGUCUGGAGGAAAAACAGUGGAUGAACUUACAGAUUUUUGUAAAACAUUAUCAAAAUCUGAAGCACUAGGUGAAUUAUCUAAUAUCUCAUCUGAAGAGGAAAGUGAAUUUGAGAAAGGAUUUCAUCACCCUUUUCUCCUGAAGGAAAGACCUAGUUCUAUUAUAAUGAAUAUUAAGGAUGCAAAACAACUACCGACAAAGACGUUCCAAGAAAAAGCAGCUGAGACAUCAAAUCAGCUGCGAUUACAGUUUCCUGUCUCCAGCGGACAACAUCACAGAAAGACUGAAAGCGAAUGGAUGCCAGUCAUACCAAAGAAACCAGAACCGAAAAAGUUAUUUGUGCCAGCAUCUACAACAAAUAGUUCAUCAACAAUAAUGCAAUCAUCACCUGUACAACCUCCUGUGCAACCGAUACAGACAACCAUUUUUCCAACGACAACAGAGAUCGUCGACAUAGGUUCCAUAGUAUCUCAAAGAUUAGCAGCCAUGAGAAAAUUAAGAGAAAAUCCAAACGAUGUUAACGCUUUGAAUGCGAUGCAUCAAGCACAAAGUGAGAUGAAAACUUGGGCCGAGAGUAAGCAGAUGCCAGGUCAGUUCACGGGUAGUACAGGAGCCAAAGUGCUCACACCUGCAGAAUUGUCAUCAGGUUAUCAAGCCUGGGCACGUAAGGAUCAAUUACUAUCAGCACAGCCUGUAUCAGGUGGAAUGGGUAUGGCGUUGCUACAGAAGAUGGGAUGGCGGCCAGGUGAAGGCUUAGGCAAAAACAAAGAAGGAGCUUUGGAGCCGCUGCAGUUAGAAGUUAAGUUGGACAAAAAAGGAUUAGUUUCUGAACAAGAUAUUGGGCAGAAAGGUAACAAAGCAGUGAAGCCUGUAGUAUCAACAGUGAAAACAUUGGAAGGCAAACAUCCAGUGUCGUUAUUGGGUGAAUAUUGUUCAAAAAAGAAACUAGGAGCACCAGUUUAUGAUCUGUGCUUCGAGUGUGGGCCAGAUCAUAGGAAAAAUUUCUUGUUCAAAGUAAAGGUAAAUGGUAUUGAAUACAAGCCAAGUGUAGCGAGUCCUAACAAGAAACAAGCAAAAGCAGAAGCUGCACAAAUAUGUUUGCAAACUUUGGGUCUAUUACCUUGUUAAUUAUGUGUAUCACUAUAAUUAUAUAAAAAAUGUAAAUUAAUUAUUAUACAGCAAUUUUUAUUUCUUAUCGACACACUAUAUAUUGCUUUCAUAGGAUUAAUUUUGAAAAAAGUUAAACAACUGGCUGAUGCUGUUGAUCUCGUACAA